CAAAUAGCACGCACUUUUUGGAUUUGUGGGUUGCCGUACAACAACAGAAAUGGCCUCUUCCCAGGAUGUCCACGUCCGAAUUUGUGGACAAGAAAUAAUCAAAUAUGAUCUCGAAAUUAAAGCUCUCAUUCAGGACAUUAGAGAAUGUCCGGGGCCACAAAGUGUGUUGAUGGAUUUCAACUCCGAAGUAAAAGAGAGAUUCAAUCAGCUACGACUGAGAAUCCAGAAUAUGGAGCAAAUGGCCAAGGAACAAGACAGAGAAACAGAAAAACAAGCCAUCUUGAGUGAGACAGAGAGUAAUCGUAGACAGAUGCUGAGUAACCAGACAGCUUGGAGGAAGGCAAACCUGGCAUGUAAACUGUCCAUUGACAACCUUGAGAAAGAUGAGCUGUUGUAUGGUGGAGACUCCACUGUGCGACAACGAAAAGCAACUAAGGAGAGUUUGGUCCAGACAUCCGGUGAUAUCACAGAGAGCCUGAUGAGCAUCAGUCGUAUGAUGGCUCAGUCGGUGUCGCAGAGCGAGGAGACCAUCGGCACUCUGGCUACGUCUUCAAGAACAGUCCUGGAAACUGAUGAAGAGUUCAAAGCCAUGACAGGAACCAUACAUUUGGGAAGGAAACUGAUCUCAAAAUAUAACAGACGAGAAUUGACUGACAAACUACUCAUCUUUCUAGCAGUGGCUUUGUUUUUAGCAACUGUCUUGUACAUUUUGAAAAAAAGGCUGUUCCCUUUCAUUUAGAGAAAAUUGUGAGCAAUUUCCUGUUCUUAAUCUAUUUUUGUCCCUUGAUAUCUGUCCAAAACUGUCUGUAAUAUAACUACAGUCAUGCCUUUCUAACCUUUCAAUGAGUUUUUCUUGCCAUACAGUCGGACUGUCUACAGAACUGUGUCGGACUGUCUACAGAACUGUGUCGGACUGUCUACAGAACUGUCAGACUAUUUUUAAAAUGUUAUUUAACCUUUAUUUAACUAGGCAAGUAAGUUAAGAACAAAUUCUUAUUUACAAUGACAGCCUAGGAACAGUGGGUUAACUGCCUUGUUCAGGGGCAGAACGACAGAUGUUUACCUUGUCAGCUCAGAGAUUCGAUCUAGCAACCUUUCGGUUACUGGCCCAGAACUGUGUCAGACUCUCUUCAGCACUGUGUCAGACUCUCUUCAGCACUGUGUCAGACUCUCUGCAGCACUGUGUCAGACUCUCUGCAGCACUGUGUCAGACUCUCUGCAGCACUGUGUCAGACUCUCUGCAGCACUGUGUCAGACUCUCUGCAGCACUGUGUCAGACUCUCUGCAGCACUGUGUCAGACUCUCUGCAGCACUGUGUCAGACUCUCUGCAGCACUGUGUCAGACUCUCUGCAGCACUGUGUCAGACUCUCUGCAGCACUGUGUCAGACUCUCUGCAGCACUGUGUCAGACUGACAUGCAUUAUCUAUCUAUACCACAGAGGAAUAACCUUGUUUCAGGGCUCAUAGCUGGCAGGGGCACUUUUUCAAAUAUAUUUUUUUAUCCCAUUGCCCUACUUAUUCUUACUGUACAGUUUACCUGGAAUGUACAAAUACAAUAAGGAAAUGGUUACUGUAGAUCUGUAUUGCUGAUGGAAUAGUGUUCCCAAAACACAUGAAUUUAGCAAAUUGUUGUGAGAUAGAAGACUACUUAUUGUAUAAAAGAAUCAACCGUUUUACAACAUUUUGAAUAAACAAAUAUAUUUCUCAA